AUGCCCGCGUGCUUCGACGACUUGUUCGGCGGAAAGAGACUGGACGUGAAAAUCUCUGCAAUAGAUGACGUGGCGGCGCGAGACACGUCAGCAGCCGCCCAGAUAUGGCUCCAUCAUGCAGCGAUGACGGCUGAUGACGUGGCCGCGGGCGACAUGGUCGCGGUGGUGUGCAGCGAUCCCCAAUCCGCGCAGCCAAUCCCGCCGCUACAGCUGGCACAGGAGGCUCUACAGCUGGCAACGCCUGAUUGGACGCAGCAUCCUGACUGGCCGGCGAUUGCCUCCCGAUUACCCGGGCUGUACUGCGCGCUGGCCACCGUGUGGCCGGCGCAAAAGAUUCCCAAAUCCUGCUGCCGCCUCUCUUGGCAGCUAGCGGACAGCCUAGGCCGCCCGGAGGAAAGCACCCGCGUUUAUGUCUUCACUCUCAAGGCCGGGCGGCAACAGAAUCUGAGCCUAAGUUCGCCACAAGCGCAUGGUGAACAGGCGGUCGUGCAGCCAAUCCCAUGCAAACAGCUGGCGCUGACGUGGCUGGAGCCACUGGAUUGCAGUGCUAGUGCCGAUGUGGACAGAACACCGGGCAGUGUGAAAAAAGUGUCGACUCCAGGUAGUGCUGUGACUCCGGGCAGUGCAAAUAAAACUCCUUUCAUCAGUGAAGAGGAGAUGGAGAGAGCUUGUUGGGCAGCUGUGAAAACACUACUUGGGCAGACCGAAGAAAAUGUGGGGACCAGUAGCAGCAGCAGUAGGAGCAAUAAAGGCCUUCAGGGCAUUCGGCUUGUGGAAGUUUUUGCUGCCCGGUGGCUGCUGGGCCGCACGCUUCUGCCCGGAAACAUUGUGGUGGUGCCUGUGUGCGGGCAGGAUUGCUGUUUUAUCGUUUCCCAUGGCACUGUAGCGACAGCAGAAACAGCAUCAGCAAUGGAAACAGCAGCAAGAACAGCUGGAGAAUCAGCAAAGCAAGCAGCAAGGGCAGAAGCAUUAGCAGCAGAGCCAGCAAGACCUCUGCAAGUAGGUCCCCUGACCACUGUCAUCGUAUCCUCUCCCCCUUUAGUCUCGCAACCGGACAGGGGCGCAGGCACAGCAGCAAGUGCAGCAACGGAUGCGGCAGCAGCAGCAGCAAACAUCCCUCUACCGCCGUUCCUCCUCACUCCUACGACCACCCUUAUUGCAGCGAGGGAGAGGGAAGGAGAGAGUGGUAGCUGCAGUGGAGAAGAGACGGUGGGAAAGGAAGGGGAGGCGAAGGAAAACGGGGAGGAGGGGGACGGGAGGGCGGGAGGGGCAGCGGCGGUGGCAAGGCGUGUGGCGGGGGACUUGAGGGGAAUUACACUGGGGUCGGUGGGGGGACUGGAGGAGCAGAAGAGGGCUCUCAAGGAGGCAGUGCUGCUGCCCCUCCGACACCCGGACCUCUUCCACAGGUACGGCAUCAAGCCCCCGCGUGGGAUAUUAUUGCACGGGCCGCCCGGCACGGGGAAGACAUCGUUGGCUCGGGCGGUGGCGGCGGAGGCGGGGGCGGCGUUGUUUGUCAUUAAUGGGCCCGAGCUCGUGAGCGAGUUCUUUGGGGAGAGCGAGGAGGCUCUCAACGAGGUGUUCUUUGCUGCCCAGGAAGCCGCGCCUUCCAUUGUGUUCAUAGACGAGUUAGACGCCAUAGCCCCUGCCAGGACCCGCGAUGCGGAGGACCUCUCUCACCGCAUGGUGGCUGCUCUUCUCACCAUCCUUGAUGGCACCUCAUCAAGUGCAGGAGAGAAGGGGGGAGGACAAGGGGAAGGAAGAGGAGGAGGGGAAGGAGGGGCGGGAGGGAAGGGAAGGAGGGUGGUGGCGUUGGGGAGGGGGGUGGUGGUGAUCGGGGCGACCAACCGAGUGAAUGCGAUUGAUCCCGCUCUCAGGCGACCGGGGAGGUUCGAUCGAGAGGUGGAGAUAGGCAUCCCUACUCCUGCGGACCGGCUCGCAAUCCUCACCACCCAUCUGUCCCGCAUGGCGCACGCGCUGCCCCCCGAGGCCGUCCACGUCAUCGCCAGCUCAGCAACGCACGGAUUCGUGGGUGCUGACAUCAGCGCGCUGUGCUCCGAAGCUGCUGUGGCAGCGCUCAGGCGAAUCGUGGGGGCAAAGGAGAGGCAGGGAGGGGCAAGACGAGGGGAUGACAAGGAGGAGCGUAGGGAGGACGGUACGGAGGAGGGGAGGGAGAGGGAAAGGGAGCAGGGCUGUUGUGCGGAUAGUGCGGUUACAGGCGGUGCUGAAGGCUCGUGUGCGGUGCAGCUGGCAGUGUGCGAGGAGGACUUUGAAGUGGCCCGGCGGCGCAUCCGACCCAGCGCUCUCAGAGAGGUGCGCGUGGCAGGGGAGGGAGGAGAGGUGGCCAUAGUGGCCGUGGCAGUGGAGGUGCCAACAGUGCGGUGGACUGACAUAGGAGGGUUGGAAGGGAUUAAACAAAGGUUGAAGGAGGCGGUGGAGUGGCCUUACACGCGCGCACAUGAGAUGAGAGCCAUUGGCGCCACCCCUCCUCGUGGCCUGCUGCUCUAUGGACCCCCGGGCUGCAGCAAGACGCUCUUAGCUAAGGCUGUAGCAACAGAAGCAAGGCUCAACUUCCUUGCAGUCAAGGGUCCUGAGCUGCUCUCCAAGUGGGUGGGCGAGUCCGAACGAGCAGUCCGAACCUUGUUCUCCCGAGCCAAGGCGGCAGCUCCGGCGAUCGUGUUCUUUGACGAGAUAGAUGGGCUGGCAGUGGCGCGGAGCAAGGGAGGAGGAGGAGCGUCGGGAGGCGUGGGCGACAGAGUGAUGACCCAACUGCUGCUGGAAAUGGACGCCCUAACACCCUCCACGCAAGUAACAGUCAUUGCAGCAACCAACCGGCCAGACCUUUUAGAUCGAGCCCUCCUGAGGCCCGGCCGAUUCGACCGCCUCCUUUUCGUCCCGCCGCCCGACCUCGCCGCCCGGGAGAAGAUCUUUGCGCUCUGCCUGCGCGGCACGCCGCUGCAUGCUGACGUGGAUGCCCGCCAGCUCAGCUGCCAGCUGGCGGCACGGAGCGAGGGGUACACGGGCGCUGACAUCACCGCGAUCUGCCGAGAGGCCAAGCUGGCAGCGCUGGAGCUGGCAGUGGAUGGGGAUGAGCUGGCAGUGGGUGGGGAUGAGCUGGCAGUAGAUGGGGAUGAGCUGGCAGUGGAUGGGGAUGAGCUGGCAAGGGCUGGGGAUGCUUACUUAUAUGUUCUGUGCUUUUGUGCUCAGUGCUAG